UUGGUGUAAAAAUGAAAGAAUUAUUUCAGACAUUCAGAAAAGGCAGAAAAGCUGAAUAGAUAAAACCAGAGGCUCAGAUUUUAAACAUCAUUAAAUAUUUUAAAAAAGAGUUGAACAGGAAAUUAAAACCUUUUGUUUUAUUUUUAGAGAAGAAACGUCCAACACGAGUCUUCAAAAUGAAAACAUGAAAAAUAUUCUCUGAAAUCAUAAAGUCAGAAAUUUGAGUCAGAAAUGUGAGAAAUUCCUGAGAAACUUUUGGUUCCUUUGAAUCCGAAGUGAAACCAUGAAUGUUUCAGAUGUUCCUGUUUCAUCCUGCGGAGAUGUGAUGAAUGAGUGAAUAUCUCAUGAUGUCAUUUGUUCUGUGGUGAUGAAUCCGUUCAGCUCUCAGCAGCUUCUCUGUGGUCAGACCAGUUAAUGGAAUAACUUCCUCCCAGUAAAACCAGCAUGUUGACUUUACUGGUUCAGAGCAGAAACUGAUGAGUCAGCGAGCGGCUCGACGCGUCGAGAAACAAAAACAGGAAGAAACGCGUCGUGUAGACAUGCUGAGCCCUGGGCGCACUGCUGCAGGAGAGGUCAGAGGUCAGGGCACCAGGAAAACUAAAUCUGGAAAAAUGUUUUUAAUAAUCGUUUUCUGUCAGUGAGGUGAGAGCAGAGCAGCAGCGUUCCCUCUGAUCCGUCCAGGUGUGUCUCCAUGUGAACCGGAGCCAACAGGUGAAGCCCUGGAGGCUUUCCCAGCCGGUCGGACCAGAUCUGCGUCUUCUAAUCUUUCCUCAGCAUCUGAUCACGUCGCAUUUUCUCAGCGGAUCACAACAGAUCACAGUGGAUCCCUGCUGCCUCUCCAGGCCGGACCCGAUCAGACGAUGGGUUAGAGCGACGCUCCGCAGGACAUGCAGACACGUUUCCUCCCGCAGGAACAGGAAGUGUCUGGUUUCUCCGCUCUGUGGGGCUCCGUCCUGCGGUUUGCUGCCAUGGCGAUGAGGAGGAGCAGGAAGCUGCUCAUGAUGGUCGUCCUGCUGCAGUUCACCAGCGGCGUCGGGACGCUGCCGCCUCCUGGGACCGUCUGCAUGGACUCGGUCAACAUGAGACACGUCCUGCGCUGGACGCAGCCCACAGCAUCAUGCAACUCCACCGUGCUUUACUCCGUCCAGUACCAGGGGGAGUUUGAGCUCCUGAUCAAGAACGGCAGCUGGAUAAACGCUCCUGAGUGCCAGAGGAUCCCCCUCACCAGCUGCGACCUGACCUUUGACCUGGGAUCUGACUCCAACUACAGCCUGCGGGUCAGGGCGCAGUGUGGCUCCAGGACGUCCGCCUGGGCCAGAUUUCUGUUCAACAGGAACAACAUCACGCCUCCAGUUCCUGAGCUCAGGCUGACGGCGGCGGGCGACAUUCUGCUGGUGUCCGUCAGGAAGUUUCCUCUCACCGCCGUUACCAUGGUGACGAUGUGGAGGAAAGACAAAGAGCAGCAGACUGAGACUUUCUCCAUGCCAGCGGACCAGGAGGUGCUGCAGGUCGCCGCCCUGCAGGAGGGAGCGGUGUACUGCGUCAAGGCGAAGGUUGUCCUGAGUCUGGAGGUGCAGAGUGGAUUCACCCACAGCCACUGUGUUUCCAUCACAGGUCCUGGCGCUCCGGCGUGGAAGCAGCCCACCGUGGUGACGGUGACGGUCGUCGUCACGCUGGGCCUCCUGAUCGGGUUGUUCUGGUCGCUCGUCCACUGUCGCCCCGACUGCUGUCAGUAUUUCCAGAAGGAGCCGCUGCCGCCGUCGCUGAGCGGAAACUUCACCGUCUGGAUUGCGAUUCCCCAGCAGAGGGAGGAGCUUUGUGAGGAAACGCCCCACCUGCUGAGGGGCGGGGCUACGUGACCCCAGCUCAGCGCCGCUCCACCUGCACCUUAAACAAGCUGUCAGGGCUGCGUUGUGAUCGCCAUGGAAACAGCCGUCACCCGGGACGACCGGGGGUUUCCCGGGUCCGGCCGACUGAAGGAGGUUCUGCUGUCUUCUGGUUUAAAACGAGGCUGGUUUAGGGGGAGGAGGUCAAAGGUCACAGCUACAGCAUGUUUGUGUUGUAGACAGUAAAUGAAUGUUUCUAUAAGCUGUUGUCAGAAGAUUCAAGAUUCUGGAAAUACCAGAAAAACAUCACAUAGAUGUUCAUGUUAUAUUUACAAAUAAAAAGUAAAACCUAAACUUUACCAACCUGAUUAAAAACGAGGAUUUGGUGAGUUACAGGUUUUUAUUUCUUUAUUUUCCACCAUAACAGAUUUAUUUUAACCCACUUUAUUCAGGAUUUGUGUCAAAUUAAAGGUGGUUUUAUAUUAUAUUACAUUAUAUUAUAUUAUAUUAUAUUAUAUUAUAUUAUAUUAUCUCUCAGGGUCUCAUGAUUUUACCAGGUUUGGCUUCAAACUCAGAGAUCGUCUGGAGAAAGACAGAAACGUUUUGAUAUAUAAACUGUUUUAUUGUCUCAUUGUUGAUUCAUUCAACCUUCAGCUCUGCUGCGUCUUUUUAUUUCAAAGAUUUUUGUUUUUUAUUAUAAAACUGGUUCUUGUUUUGUCAUGAAAAGAUUUAAACAAUAUAAACAAAUCGUUUUCAGGGUUUUGUUACCAUGGCGACAGCUACAGUUUCCUCCACACAGGAAGUGAUUUAUUGCCCCGUUGCCAUGACAAUCUUAAAGCUGGACGUCCAUGGACGCUUUUCUUUCGUCUUUAUUUCAGUUUAUAUCCUUAUUUUUUCUAAAAUCAAUAUUUCUGUCCAAACUAAAAACAUUUUUUGAUUCCAUUUGAUCAACAGUUCAAUCAAAUUUAGACUUUAGAUGGAUGUGUUAAACAUUCAUGUUGGGAAGUUAAUCUUUCUUUUCUGCAUUAUUGUUCUGAGGGUGUGAAAGAUUUUUCACCAGUAAAGAUUCUCAAAAUAUCACAAAUGAAGGUUUUUCAUCCCGAUCUGAUUAAAGAAACGUAGAACUUCCUAGGUAAAAAUAAAAUAAAAUAAAAUAAAACACGGUUCUCUGUGAAAACUAAGAUAAUAAUUUGUUAAAAAUGUUUAUCUUGAAGUUGUUUUCUGCUUUUUUGUGGACUGAAUUUAAAAUAAAUGUUUUGUUUUGAUUUUCCUAAAACAGAAAUUAUUUUUCUUCUGUUUUUUUUGUGGAUGUUGAAAUGUGUUUUUUAAAAUGAAGUAUAAUUUUGUCCAUAUUAACUCAAGAACACUGAUAUUUGUCAGUCAAAAAAUGAAGAAUUUAAAUAAACGGCAGAAAUGAAA